CGAAAACGGACAUCCUUAUCCAAGAAGCAUUCUCUAAAUGAUAUAAAGACCGGACCGACACCUCCAAUUCAACCAUUGUCAACCAUCAAGAAAUCAAGUCGCAUCGUCAUGGGUAGUGAGAUUAUAUUCAUUCUAGCAGUAACGGCAAUGUUCGGAAUUGUUCAAGCAGCUCCACCGGAUGGUACCACAAUAGCACUUCUCAAUUAUAGAGAAAAAUGCAUAAAUGUAAGCGGUUCGGAUGAAGGAUUUUAUCAACUGUUUGGAUCGAUCAAAUAUGCUCAAACAUGUUUGCUGGAUCACAUGGAGGAGGCUUACCAACAGGGUGUACCAGAGAUAGAUGAAUAUUAUGAAACGAAGAAUGAUUUUUUCGCCAAUUUUCGCCUGAAGCUCAAUGCAGCAGUAGACUGUUUUAAUGACGUCUUUGAAGGGGCAGCCAAGUGCUCGACUGAAGCUUACGAUAAGUUGGUGCCAAUCUUGAAGAACGUUAUGUAUGGCCUUGUUGAGCUUAUUUGCCGAAACGGGGGUGAACUAUUCUACGAUAUUCAAACUCCUGAGUUUCGUACCUGUUUUAAGCUGAUAAAAAAGAAUGCUUUCCAGUGCAGGACUUCCGAAGCCAUCAGAACAAUAACAUAUUCUGCAUUCAGUUUGGAGCAAUGUCGAGAGGUGACAGACUCGCGUAACUGUUUCAAAGGAAUAUGCAGCGUAUCAGCGGUACACGACUUAAUAGACAACGUAUACGAUACGUUGCUAGAUGCAACCAAAUGUCAAAAAGAAAUAUAUUAAACUAUGUAACCCGAUAAUUUAACU